AUGCCCAUCUAUUCCUUGGAUUUGGACCGUGCUCCUGCCACCAUCAGCUCACGCCAUAUCAAGGGGAUCCCAACCUUGCUGUUGAUGCGGGAGAACCGAGUGGAAGCACGAGCCGAUGGUGCGGACUUAGAGGAUCUGUUGCGCCUCAUGGAGGCUGCGAAGCCCUAUUUGAAAGGAGCACGUCAGGACGAUGAGGAUGCUUCCAAAGUGUCCCCGAUGAAUGCCUUGAAGUCUGCCGAGCAGAUGCUGACAGAAUCCAGCUGUUUGUCACAUGUUGGGGGAAGGAUGGAGGUGAAAAAGCGCCAGCAGUGGUUGCAAGAACUCAAGAACUCAAGGAUGCGCUUUUCAAUUCCAAUCAGUUUUACUAUUUUUCAUAGUUUUUCCAUGAACCACUGCAAGACCCGGUACACCCAUUCUCCGAAUGUCGCGUGA